AAUAGGAAAAUUUGUAAAUAUUAAUCCCACCUUUGGCCGGUUUUCUUUAAUUAAUCCCACCUAAGCGAUAUUUUUUAAUAAUCCCACAUUUAAGCCCUAACUACUUUAAUUAGACCUAAUUGACUGGCUACCGGCAAAAAAGUCAACGUCUAUUUCGUUGACAACCAACACUUUGAUUUCCCUCCUAAAAUGCUUGACACGUCGGUAAUUAAUUGCCAACUAUACUCUAGGUUUUCGAAAUUUUUUUACCAAAAAAAUUUACAACUCUCUCUCUUCUCUACUCUCCCGUACUUCUCUCUCCUCCAUUACUGAACCUUCAACCACAACUGUACUUCAUGACAUCAUCUGCGAGUAACCUGUCGAAAUAGGCUUCUUCAUCAACGCGCAAUCAAUUUUCGUCCCCACAAUCGUACAAUUGAGGAUGGCUGAGGGUACUCUGAAAAUUUGGCAUGGAGGUGUGUUUAAAAAGGUUGCUAAUGGUGAGACAAUCUAUGAGGGAGGACGGGGUAGAACCUUUCCUGUUGAUGUUGAUGAGUUGUGUUGGUGGGAUUUAGAAGUUUUAGCUAAGAAAUGUGGGGGGUAUGAGAAUAUCGAUGGUCUUUUCUACUUGAUUCCUGGGCUUAGCUUAGCAAAUGGUUUGAGGAAAGUGUAUGAAGAUGUAGAGGUUUUGAAGAUGGCUGAAUUGGUGUUGAAGUACAGGUGUGUUGAGUUGUAUGUAUAUCAUGGUACUGAGUUACCAAACCAAGAAACCACAAUCACAUCACCACAAAAUGAUGUCAUGUCAUCACCCAAAAAAGGUCAUGCCCUGUCAUCAACAUCUAAGACAUAUCCUGCCACCUCACAAGCUACCAAAAAAGAUUAUGCUACCUCAUCAGCUGCAAAAAAAGAUGCUGCCACCUCAUCAAUAUUACCUACAGAUACCCUAGCAAACAAAAAACAGGCCCAUACACCUGGAAAAUCUAAAAACCCAACCAAACUUGACCUAAGUUGA